AUGGACAGAGGAAACGCCGGAAACGUGGUCAAGAAGAUCAAACUCAAGCUGUUCAGACAGAAGCCCUCACAAAACGCACAAAGGUCCUUGCCAUCCGCACUUCCUUGUGAGAAGUUGUUGUUGCCAUUUCUUUGGGAUCGAGAGUUGCUGAGAUACACAGCCACAUGCCGGGCAUGCCACGCAAGUGCCCAUCACAACGGACGAUUGGAGCUGUCCAGAGUCGCGAGACUUCCGCGCAAUGUGGGCACAUAUGGUGCUCAAAGGUUUGCUGAACGACUUGACCUAGCCUCAAUAUGCAGCAUUGACAUAGAUGAAGUGGGUGGGAAUGUUUCUACAGACAAGCAACUGGAAUCGCUGGGAUCCUUCAUGGCUGGAAUGGGCCGCCAGGCCAACAUUGCCCGAAAUAUGUGUGCAACGGCCUUGCCCUUGCUGCCAAAGCUGCGAACCGUCAACCUCCCGCUUGUGGCUCAAUGGCCUGACAGCCUUAUGGAAACUUUGGUGGCAACCCUUCUGUGGGAAGCACCGAGGAUACAGCAGCUCAACUUGCCGAAGGGUUGUCGCGUUCGACCACAGCAAUUGAAGCAGGCACUGCAAGAACAUCCCAGAAGACGUUUGAACACCACAGCAGCAGUCUCAGAAGUUCAGUUCCAGCCAAAUCUGCUAAGGAGCUGUUUGGCUCCAGCGGGUGAGGGCUCGCUGGGCGGGCCGGGCAUCGCCAUGCCCGAGCCAACGGCCGAUGAAGUUGCUGCAGCAGCUGCUGAGAUGGCCUCCAGCUUUGACCAGCAGGUGGUUCGACAUGACUCAACACAUGCAACAUUCAGAGGCCUCAGAGAUGCGUGACUAUUGGGAUCAGAACGUGGGGCGAGAGCUCAAGGAGAAACUCUGGGCCUUAGCCGAACGUCGCCCCGCGGAAGCCACGAAGCUCAUGGGCCAAGCCUUCGCUGGCAAAAAGAGCCUGGGAGAAAUGGCCAGUGCUCCACAGACCUCCGAUCCAAAUCUGAAAUCUGCACCUCCAAGGGAGUUCCUGAACAACACCAUUGUGAAGGACUUAGCUCCGGCAUUGGUACAGGUCUACAACAAGGGCUCUAGACGUGUGGUGUCAGAUUUGGGCGACAUUCUGAUGAAGGGCAAGUGAGCAAGAGUUUCACACCAAGUUAGUCUCACCUGCGAGAACAAAGGACGGAUGCUCUUUGCGCUCUUGGAAAC